GAAUUAUCCUAACCUUCUACGAAAAACUCACUUCCGGUCGUAGCUGUGUCGAAGUGGCGUGUUUAUAGGGAAUCUCGUAAAAAGAAACCCCCACUCCCACUGAUUCACAGCUGUCAGUUGGAGGAAAAAACACUGUCAAUCUUUGGGAGGAACCACUGUACAGUAUUUUAACAACCAAGACGAAGAAAGAGCAAAUCCUGGAAACAUCAACGUCGUUUAGAAGUUUCUACGAGCCAGGCGAAUCUCUUUGAAAAGGCGUGACGUGAAGAGCAGUGUCAGUUUGCUCUGUCACACAUUAGAAAUUGGGGUUGGCUAGCUAGUAGCUGGCUAACCAGCUAGCCAGCUAAAUUUAUACUGCUCAAAGGGAUUGGCCUUCUCUUUUGCAUUGGGGUCAUUACACCGGAAAGGACAUCUCAGGAUUCAAUUAAACCUCAUUUUUAUGUUUUGGGUCCCAAGGAAGGAUUUUUACCCCCACACUGUGUUGCUCUAAUUUGGCCCUGAACGUGUUGGUGGAGCUGCAGUUGCACAGAAGCCAUGGGGACACCAGGUAGAAAGCGUGCCCCUAUCAAGGACCGGUUUUCAGCUGAGGAUGAAGCCCUUAGUAGCAUUGCCCGGGAGGCGGAGGCCAGGCUGGCUGCAAAGAGAGUGGCCAGGGCAGAGGCGAGGGACAUCCGAAUGAGAGAACUCGAACGGCAACAGAAAGAGCUGGAUGAAAAAUGUGAUAAGACCUUCGUAGACUACAGCCGGCCAUCCUCGCGCUGCACCACUCCCGGCCUCUCCCCGGCCACCCUGGCCUCCCUGGGGGGGACCUCCUCGAGACGGGGCAGUGCAGACACAGGCAGCAUUGUCGAUCCUGACACCAGUCUGAGUGAAUUGAGGGAUAUCUAUGAUCUAAAGGACCAGAUUCAGGAUGUAGAGGGGCGGUACAUGCAGGGGCUUAAAGAGCUGAAGGAGUCGCUCUCGGAGGUGGAGGAGAAGUAUAAAAAGGCCAUGGUAUCGAACGCACAGCUGGACAACGACAAAGCCAACCUCGUCUACAACGUGGACACACUCAAGGACGUGAUCGAGGAGAUGGAAGAGCAGAUGGCCGAGAUGCGGAGGGAAACUGAGGACAAGUCUAAGGAACUAGAAAGACAAAAGCACACAUGCACAGUCCUGCAGCACAAACAAGUGGAGUUAAAAGAGGGAAUCCGCCAGAGAGAUGAGCUCAUAGAGGCCUUAGAGAGGCAGAAAGAGUACUUUGAUUGCAUUAGGAAUGAGAGGGAUGAGCUCAGAGAUGAGCUGGCUGACAUCAAGGCGAAGGCCAAAACAGGAGAGAAACACGGCCUGGUCAUCAUCCCUGAGGGAAUGCCUAACGGGGACAUCAGCCACGACGACCCAGCCACAGGGAUCACUGUGGUCACACAGGAGGCUGCCCAGGUGCUGGAGUCAGCAGGAGAAGGGCCUCUGGAUGUUAGGCUACGAAAGAUUGCGGAUGAAAAGGAUGAACUCUUAGCUCAGAUCAGGAAGUUGAAAAUGCAGCUGGAGGAUGAAAGGCAGAAGCACUCGAAGAUGGAGAACGCCUUCACAGAGGGAGAGAGGAUGGAGAAUGGCACUGAUCUGCACGUCAUCGAGAUGCAGAGAGAUGCCAACAGACAGAUAAGUGAAUACAAGUUCAAGCUCUCGAAGGCAGAACAGGAAAUGGGCACAAUGGAACAAAAUAUCAACAGACUUGAAGGACAAGUGUCCAGAUACAAGGCAUCGGCGGAAAACUCAGAGAAAAUAGAAGAUGAACUGAAAAUUGAAAAAAGGAAACUUCAAAGAGAGCUGCGUACGGCUCUGGAUAAGACCGAGGAGAUGGAGAUGACCAACAACCACCUAGUAAAGCGCCUUGAGAAGAUGAAGGCCAAUCGGAACGCCCUUCUGUCUCAGCAGUGAGGUCUGCUGGAUUGCCACAGAAGCCCUUAAACUCACACCGCAGAUAGUGUCUGGAGCACAUUUCCAUUCUUCCUCUAACACUUAAAGUUGUGUAGCAAAACCAAAAACACUUACAGAAAAAAAGCAACACUGGUAGCACCGAGGCAAGAGUUGGUGUUUAAAAGAAAUAAAGGAUUAGCACCAGUGUCUUCGGAAGGGAGACUCAACCUAUUAAACCAUAGUUACUAGGGGGAGAUGAUGAAUCUAAGGAAAAUUUGACUCAUUACUUUAUUUUUCAAAGCUUUGUUACUACAUGUUAUUCACAAGGUUUUACUGCUGGGUGCUUGGCUAUUAUAAUUUUUUUUAAAUAAGUUGCAUGAAUGAGUAUAAUGGCGCUUUUUAACUGUUAAACCCUUACGGCUGCUCUCUGGCCCUGCACCUAUCCAUAAUCCCUCACACAGUGAAGUGCCUUCUCACACCUGGAGACUGAGGGUUUUGCAUUAACCAAACAAUAACUGGUACAGACAUGAUUUAAUGAAAUAUAUAGAACUAAUUGUCUGCAGAGGUUUCAUUGAUUUCUCAAAUAUUUAAAGAUUUUUUGGCAAUAAGUGUAAAUGUCAGAACUGUAAAUACUAGAUUUUUUUUUUUUUUUGCAUGGGUUAUGGCACAUUGAAUUCCAUUUGUAAGAGUGGUUUGAGGUUCUUUAUUUGGGGUACAUCAGAAGACGGCACUACAUACCACUUCUCAAACAGUGUUCGCUGCUUUGAAAGCCAAGCAGUUUCAAGUCUCAGGACCACACAGUGAUUGUGUCUGGGGCAGCUAUCGCAUUGAAUAAACUCUUAACAGAUUUACA